AUGGGGGUCGUGAGGGGUUCUGGUGCCUAUCUCCGACUGUCCAUGGGCAAGAGGCAGGGUCCACCCUGCACAGAUCAGAAGCUCCUCUCAGUAGAACCUGGGCAGAACAUUCUUCUGCCAUGCAGAGCUCCUUACGGCAGAGCCGUCCUCGCUGUAGAGUGGACCAGAACUGAUCUGGACCCAGAAUACGUGUUUCUGUUCAGAGACGAGCAGACAGUCCCCUCCUACCAGCAUCCAUCUUUCAGGGACAGGGUGGACCUAAAGGACCGUCAGAUGAAGGAUGGAGACAUAUCUUUGAUUCUGACCAACGUGAGGAGUGAUGACAGAGGAACGUAUGAGUGUCGAGUUUUCCAGGCAGUAAAUAAAAUCAGGAAGAGAGCUAACCUGGAGUCUGAGCCCAUCAGCAUCAUCACCCUGGAUGUAGCUCCUCCUCUUCAUCCAGAUGUCAUCAGCAGGACCUGGGGCGAUGCUUUCAGGAACCGGGUUGGAUCUGUUGGACCUUCUGUUGGUCUGUUACUUGUUCUAACGUCAGUCUUACAGCUCUGGGUUUGGUGACACAUAAAGAGCCACUCCUUCAUGUCAGAGGACACCUGAUCUUCCUGUAAGACAGCAGCAUUAGAAGAUGUCCGUGACCAAAACAUCUGAACUGAUGACCUCUGAACGUCUUGUUGGCUCUCAGUACAAUUUCAUCGAAGCAAGAAGAGAUACUCAAAGAAAAAAGGAAAAAGGACCCAAGACAGAUCCAGAGCAUCCUGACCUGGUUGCUAUAGAAACUGUCCUUACUGAGACCAGAGGGACAUCAGUUAGGUCACAGGAAAAGGACUUUAAAUGGUCACUGUCCUUCAAAGCCUUAUCAUUAUCUUAAAAGGACGUUUUUACAUGAUGAUCGUAAAAAAAAAAGAAAAACAGGACCCAACCUGCUGAAGAUGUGACCCUGAUAGGUGAUUCCUGUUCUGCUAAAUCAAACAGUGAUUUCU